AUGACGGGGACCCUAGAGCAUGUCGGGUUCCACACGUCGCUGACGACGGCCUCUCCCAGGUUACUAUCUCCUGCCUUGCCGGCAGCUCGGAACCUUCGCCGAGUCGUUGAACAGUACUUCUCCAAUGUCCAUCCUCUCCGGUGCUUCGCAUUUGUACAUAAGCCGUCCUUUAUGCGCCAGCUAGACAAGGGCCUCACCUCUGAUGACGAGUCAGCGCUCUUGCACAUUAUCUGCGCACAGGGCGCAAAGUUUCUCGUCCUGAGCGCUGACCAAGGCGAGGCCAGCUCCCCACCCCCAUUGUUGAGACAUGCAGGAAAUCAAUGGGCAAAAAAGGCGGAAUUUUUAUUGCUGGCCAACUUCGGAAAGAUAUCGGUCCAAAGACUGAUGACGGCAAUUCUCCUUCACGACUUUCAUUUUCGACUUGGUGAAUAUGGCCAGGCGCUCAUGAUUAGCGGCCUCGCUGUGCGAAUGGCCCACGCCUUGAAGAUAAACACCGAGUACAAUUCUGACAUUCUGUGCACCGACGAGGAUAGUAGUGCGCCCUCGGUGGCGUCAAGAGAGAGUAGGCGACGACUCAUGUGGGCUUGUUAUGUUCUCGAUGCCUGGGCGGGCAGCGGUGUCGACCAACUUACCUUGCUACGAGAGAAUGACAUCAAGAUCCAGCUUCCAAGCAACGAGCGAAACUUUGGACUGAGGAUACCGUCUGUCACAGAAACGCUCGGCGUCGGCCACGUCUUGCAAUUUCUCCCACCCGCAAUUGUUCCGCGACGGCCCGCCGCCAACAUGGGCAUCAUGGCUUACUAUAUCCGGGUUGUGGCAUUGUGGAAAAGGAUUGUCCGAUAUGUCAAUCACCUGCAUGCGGGACCGCCUCCCUGGCAGCCAGACUCCCUUUUUGCAGCAUUGGAUGCAGACUUGGGUCUAUGGCGAAGAGAGUUGCCAGAUUUUGUCGAGUACACCACCGAGACAAUUUACGCACGAUUGGACUCAAACCAACUUGGUUCACUUGUGCUUAUUCACUGCACCUAUCACCAUAAUUAUCUGGAACUCUACAAGCUCACCAUGCCCGACCUCUUCAAGCUUCCGAAGCCCUUUUCGUUUCCCCCGGAACAUCAAGAGUUCCUCCAGACAGCCCAAGCCAACGCUUACUAUCAUGCCCAGCAAAUCGCGGACAUACUAGCUGAAGCUGCGGAGCACGGUUCACGGCUUCUCUCGGAUAGUUUGCUGCCAUUCUUUGUCUACGACAGCAGCCGUGUCAUGCUGUACUAUGUUGCUCGCCUGCUGGACCCUACCAGACCCGACGCGGAGGUCAAGCUGAGAGACGCAGUGAAGGCGGUGGAGAGCAACAAUAGGAUUUUGGGCAUGAUGUCUACAUUGUUUCCAAUCGCCCUGUCAUUGUCUGCAACAAUUGAACGUUGGCUAUCCAAGAUGCAGCAAACAGUCGCUAGUGACGACCUCCUGAGUAGCCUCGAAGCGGGUGACCACCUUGAAACGCAUCACCCAGCUUUACCAGAUAACGCAGGCGGAAAGCCGGACAAGACGGGGACCUACGAACUGCCUCCCCUGUCCCUUCACUCGCUCGCCCGCUCCGGGACCAGCGACCUCGGUGGCAUGGAGGGGGAUGCGGCUACGCGAACCGCCGGCUGGAGCACGCAGAAUCCUCAUGCCGGGGGAGCGGCGUCCUGGGACGGAACUAGUGCUGCGGCUCAUCAACUCGUGGGGCUCAGCCAGGAACAGUCGGUUCGAUCCAGUUUGCAGCAUGAAAGGCCUGUUCCGCUUCAUCCACUCCGCAAACUUGGCCCAACGCAGCCCAUGUGCGAUGCGCUUGACCUGGACGACUUGCAAAGCUUUUUGUCCUGGGACAUGUACGGAAUCAUGGAAAUGGGCGGUUCGGUUUUCAACGAGGAUAUGGACGACUCUGUGUCGCAGUCUUGGACCGGAGCGAUCUAG